CUAAGAAGUCAGGAAGUCACUAAGGGAAGUUUGGUGGUUUCUUGCGUCACAGAUGCUUUCUGGGGCUGCUUCUUGUGCCGGUGGAGCGAAAAAGACCACAAGCAUUCAGCUCCGGGGCAACUGACAUUCUUACAAUAAAACCAGAUAUGCGUGACAGCCGAGAUUUGCUGUGCAGUGAUACAGAAUGUAGCAGAAGCAUAACUGUCUGAUCAGUUCAGAAACAGUUAAUUAAUUAAUACUCAGGUACAAGAACAACACAUAUUCCAACACACGGCAAUUGCCAUGAGUGAUUAAGGUGUCAUCAUUAAAAGCACAACAGCAAACCCACAAACACAUACACACAUACAGUCACACACACUUACACAUACAUCUGGAUGUAAGAGUGGUGGUUGAAGCCGUGCAUAAUGAAGAGAGGACGAAGAAAAUGUGGGAAUAAAGAGAAAGUGUUCGGCUGCGACCUGAUGGAGCAUUUGACUGCAACCAGUCAGGAAAUUCCUCACGUACUCCGCAGCUGCAGUGUAUUCAUUGAAAAGCAUGGCAUUGUCGAUGGGAUUUACAGAUUAUCUGGCGUGUCAUCCAACACACAAAAAUUAAGGUCAGAGUUUGACUGUGAGGGCUCUCCAGACCUGUAUAAAGAUGUGUAUCUGCAGGACAUUCACUGUGUCAGUUCGCUCUGUAAGGCAUACUUCAGAGAGCUGCCCAACCCACUGCUCACAUAUCAACUGUAUGACCAUUUUGCUGAAGCGGUGGCUGUUCAGUUAGAAGAUGAGAGACUAGUGAAGAUCAAGGAAGUCCUGAAAGAGCUUCCACCGCCCCAUUUUCGGACUCUGGAAUAUUUGAUGAAACACUUAAUUCGGAUGGCUGCAUAUUCAAGUGAGACAAACAUGCAUGUCAGAAACCUUGCCAUUGUGUGGGCUCCCAAUCUCCUUAGAUCGAAGGACAUUGAGGCAACUGGUUUUAAUGGCACUGCGGCUUUCAUGGAGGUGCGAGUCCAGUCUAUUGUGGUGGAAUUUAUUCUGAGUCACGUGAAUCAGCUCUUUCCUGAUUUGGAUCCUGAACUAGCACCACCUUCAGAGCGCAGGAAGUCUCUUCCUUCACCAUCCAUAAUAUCAAGCCAGGAGGACCAAUUCUUUAAGGCUUUGCCUUUUCAAUAUCCAGGCAACAUGAGUCCUGGAGAUGGUCCUCCACAAAUGAGACCUUACCAUGCUAUCAUUGAUGGCACAGAAAAGAGGAAGGGCUCACUAAAGGGCAGGAAAUGGAAAUCUAUUUUUAAUUUAGGCGGGAGACUUCAGGAUCCUCGCAAAAAGAAGUAUGCACCCAAGGAGAAAGAGAAGAAUGCACUAAGGCCUGCUAAAAGUAUGGACUCUUUGAGCACAGGACCUUACACACCAGAAGAUUCAAGGCGUGGCUCUCCACACCUAUCUCCUUUAGCCAUGCCCCCUGGAGUUGCCGAAGGCGGACCUGCUGUGGCAAGUGGAUAUGCAGUGACAUACAGGCGCACGGGUGGGGCUAGUGUGAGCAUGGUAAGCGGAGGGGGCGGGGCUCAGGGCACUUACAGGAGCCUGGAUUCAGGGGCCGGGGCCAAUGGCGAGAAAUCACAGAUUCCGACUCCAGCCAUGCCCAGUAGGGCAGAGCGCCGUGCAGGAAUGCACAUUUCUGGGCCUUUUUCGGUGACUGUUCCUCUUCAUAUAACCUCUGGACUGGCGCUGGGAGUAUUACAAGGAGGUAGAGCUGAGGAAGAAGAGCCAAAGCUGGGGCAGGAUGAGGAGGAGAAGCCGAAGAAAGACAAGCACGAGAAUGCAGAAGAGAAGGAAACAGAAUUGGAUGAAGGGAAAGUUCAGACAAAUAGCAAGACAGGAAGCCUGAUUGAUGACAAGGAGAAGAUAAAUGAUGGGGAGAAAGAAGUUCAAAGAGAAGACAAAGAGCAAGAUGAGGCCAGGCAUGAGAAGAGAGAAGAGUCUGGAGAUGAAUGCCAAGAAGAUAAAUGUUCAACUGAGGACGUGUCAAACGAGACACAACAGGCCACAGAUAUACCUUUACUCAGUGAAGACAUUGAUGGACAAGACUACAUGGUCAUGAAAGGAGGAGUGAUACACUGUCCUGAAGAAGAUGAGUGUCAAUAUGAGAGUUUGUCCAAUUUUCAAGAUGAUCUUACUCUAGAUUUCCAGGACACAUUUGGAUUCUUGGAUAUGAUGGAUAUGCCCACUUCAAACCAGCUUAAUGAGUUCUCUGUGGAGCCCCCUGCUCAUGAAAUUGAAGAUGAUGAAGAGGAAGAUAAGCAGAGUCCACUGCAGAGCCAUUCUCAUUAUAUAGAAACCUCCCAGUUGAACUUGCCUGUACAAACAAGCAGGGCAAUUUCAAACAAAUCACAAAGCCUUCCUUAUAAAGCUGGUCUUUUCCUGCCAGUUAUGUCCUUAUCUUCUGAAGAAGACAGUUAUGGGCCUAGUGAUGAUGAUGUUGAUGAUGAUGAUGAAAGCAGUGAUUCAGGAAAAGGUGAAUACGAAGACAUGUUCAUCAAAAGUCUACCCUCAAGCCAUUUUUAUGAGUUAAACUGGUCAAAACCCCCAACUAUUAUCUUGGACUCUGAAAGCAAUGUAGAUUCUCACAGCAAGAGCCAGUCUGAAUGCUUAAUUCAAUCUCACGCCAUGGGCGAGAACGUUCAAGAUCCACCCUCUGCCAGUCAUUUAAACGAUACGGAAAUCAUAGUCAGUAAUGCUGUUUAUCAUUGCUCAAAUGACAGUGAUUUCAGUUCACUGCCUUUAGUGACAGAUGGAGAGAAUGAUGGAGAAGAUAGAAGUGGUAUAAAAGAGAUUGGGACUGUAAAAACACCAAUUCAUGAGGAAAAUAUAAAUUUGGAAAUUACGGAUGAAACACCCGCCUGCAGUCACAAUGACAGUCAAUUUGCAGAAGAUGAAAAUGAAGAGGACACUUAUUUUGGUCCAGACCCACCUUCUACCACAGUGGAAGCAAGCAACAGUGAAACUCUUGAGCCAACUGUUGAUAUGACUGUUAUCAAUGAGGACCCUUCAGGCUCUGAUGAUCAGCAGGAGAGUACUGAUAAUUACAUUGACAAUUCUAAAAGUGAAAAUAUAACAGAUAUGACAAGCCCUGACGUAGAGAAAACUCAAAUGGAAACUGUAGUUGUGCAUACCCACAUGCAAGAAGAGCUGGAUGGAAAUGAGCUGGAAGGCUUGGUGGUGGGUGAGGACAGGGAAGUUGGUGAGGGGGUAGAGGAGCAGAGAGACGAAAGGGAGACCAAAGAAGAGACGAUUAUAAAGGAAGAGAGCAUGGAAAGUGAGGACAGUGAGGGGUGGGAGAAUGAUGACUGUCCUAUAGAUCAGGUUGAUGAGGUUCAGCUGGAAAAAGAAAAUGAUAUGGUUCCACAAGAGGAGCAGAUCUUAGAUGUAGAAAAUAAAGGGGAAGAGUUUGAUGUUGAAAAGCAGAAGGAAGACAGUGACAGAGAAGAAGAGGAUGAUCAACAAACCGAGGAGGAUGACGUAGAGGAGGAAAUUGAGGCACAGAAAGACUGUUAUUUAGAAGACGUUGCAGAACUUAAAAAGGGAAGCGUUCCUGAAGAGCUGAUCGAAGAAGACGACAGGCUUUCGGUGGACGGCGAGGAACGACAGAUUGAAAAUGAGAAGGAAAAUUUGAGGGAGGAGAAACUUGAAAAUCCUUCUAGAUUAGAUAGAGAGAAACCAGUAAGACCUCCGAGAAUGAAAGACAGAGAAGAAGGAGGAAGUGCAGCGCUUGGGCUAGGUGUGGGCCGGACAGUGAUUAUAUCGAAGCAAAAAAUAUACCAAGUCAAAGCUGUUCCUGUUGUACCACCAAAACCACAGCAUUCUAAAAUCACUGCUUUUAGACAACAGUUCCAACAGAGAGAUAUUGAGAGACAACAUAAAUCCAUACAGCCCACAUGGGCCGAGAGACAACAUACAGACAAAGAGAUUCCAAAGAAAGAAAGUGAAAAUGCAGAAAACAGACAUGCAGAUUUAGCGGAUGUAGCACAAAACCAUGACUACAACUACACAGAGCAAGAAAAAGAAACAGGGAACGACAGGGAAACGACAGAGGAAAACCAGGCAGAUCCGCUAAAAAAAAUACAUCUCCAGGACACAAUGUCAUCUAAUAGUUCAGAAGGGGAGAUAGAACAGGACAGAGAAGAACAGAAGCAGAGGGACCUGGAAAAAGGAAGAGGGAACCUGGAUGGAGUGAGUUUGAGAAAAGACAGACAGAAGGAAUUAGACAAGGAGGCAAAAAGAUCCAGCGGAAUUAGUAUGUGCUUCGACGAAGCUGUCGCAAGGGCAACGGGUAAACGAUACAGAGAGAAGGAGUCUAUUGAUAAAGACAAAUUCGUAGACCAGUGCGAAAGGAAUGAGCAGAAAGAAGGACCGAACCAGAGAAAGCCAGUGGAGGAAGAACAGAAAACUGACUGAUUUAAAAAAUGUGUGAAUGUGUAAAAUAGGAUGUUUAUAGCUACCCCUUCCCCACCAGCUCCCACCACAUGCAAAUUUUCAUAUACAAAUCACACACAAAUUCGAUAAAAAGUUCAAAUUUCCUAAUAUUUUUGCAUAUCCUUGUCAUUCUGAUCUGUAAAAACACCAUCUCUCUCCAUGUGUGUUGUUGUUCACAUCUUGCACAUAAUUAAUCAGCAGCAUUUGUGUAUAUUGUAUAUGCUUGUUUAAAAAAAAAAAACUACUGUGUAAAUGCAGAGAUUUAGAACCACAAGAAUGUCAUGUUGUCAAAACAAGAUUGGGGAAAUACUGCUAAUGGAAAAAAAUUUAAAAUAAAUUUGCAACUGUGGAUUUCUUGCAUUUCAUGCACCGUUUCUUGUACAACCUUGUUUACAAAAUGUAUGAGGUAUCAGUCUCGGACAUUGGUUAUCUAAUAAAGUCAUAUUGCCUUGUAAAA